CAUGGCGAAGGAUGGAGCCGGGACUUUGGCUUCAGUGUAACUCGGAGCUCUGAGCUCUAACCGACCGGGAUCGCCGAGCUGCAGCCCGGACGCCGAAGGGCCUAGAGGACAGGAGCAGAUUAUAAUCUGAGGAGGCCCUGAUGUGGAGAGCUGUAGUAACUGGAGCCCCUCCACUUCAGAUAACAUCAUGUCUUACUAUAAUGAUGAGCCCCGAUACACUAUUGAACAAAUUGAUCUUCUUCAGCGCCUCCGUCGAUCAGGAAUGACUAAACACGAAAUAAUUCAUGCACUUGAAACAAUGGAACGGCUUGACCAGGAACAAAAUGAAAAAUUUGUUAGGCGGCCUAACUACAGCAGUAACUAUGGCAACAACGUUGCGGCAUCCUCUUCCACGGCUUCUGCUGCUACACAGACUCAAAGUAUAGCGCAAUCACCGUCACCUAGUAACAGCUACGACACAUCGCCUCCACCCUACAAUGCAAGCCAUGCAGGGCGAGAAAGCACUGCAAAUGAGAGACUUGUUGCCAGUGGAACACUCUCUCCACGGUACCAGAACAGUGGGAGUCAGAGAUCAUACAGUUUUGACACAGGAGAUGAUGAUGCAGAUUUGGAGGAGAAAGUGGAAGAGUACAUGAGAAGGGACAGCAAUGCAGUAAAAGAGGAAAUCAAAGUAUUUUUAGCCAAUCGGAGGAUUUCUCAAGCUGUAGUGGGGCAAGUCACAGGUAUAAGCCAAAGCUACAUCUCCCAGUGGUUGUUGCAGCAGGGUCUUGACAUGAGUGAGCCUAAGAAGAGGGCAUUUUAUAGAUGGUACCUUCUUGAAAAAAAUAGUCCAGGUGCUACUUUAAGUAUGAGACCAGUUUCAACCACAACAACAGAAGACCCUGAGUGGCGGUCAAAUGUCAGCCCAGUGACAGGAAACUUCCGUCUCAGAAGAGGAAGUAGAUUUACCUGGCGAAAAGAGUGCCUGUCUGUCAUGGAAAGUUAUUUUGGUGAAAAUCAGUAUCCAGAUGAGGCGAAGCGUGAGGAAAUUGCGAAUGCCUGCAAUACAGUCAUACAAAAACCAGGUAAAAAGUUAUCAGAGUUUGAACGAGUUACCCCUCUGAAAGUGUAUAACUGGUUUGCCAAUCGUCGGAAGGAGAUGAAGAGAAGAGCAAAUAUAGAAGCAGCAAUCCUGGAGAGUCAUGGGAUUGAUGUUCAGAGUCCUGGUGGACAUUCCAAUAGUGAUGACAUCGAGGUCAACGAUUACUGUGAGCAAGAUGAAAAUACUUGCCAUAGUGAUCAUCAGCAAGACCCUAUCUCAUUGGCUGUCGAAAUGGCAGCUGUCAAUCAUUCGGUCCUAGCUUUGGCCAGCCAGGGUGGAAGUGAGAUCAAGACAGAAGCAAUCGACGAUGAUUGAACGUAAGGCUGAAGGCAAUCAGGAUUAUAUAAUGUUAUAGACUAUAGCCACCUUCUUCCCUAUUAUAUGUACUGUUCUGCAACAGACUAUUUAGAUGUAUAUUUAUCAUUUGUUUGUUCGCUGUGCGUUUAAAUUGAAAGAGAAGUUCUCAUAUCAUUUUUAUAGCUGCCUAUGUGAUCAUCUCAUCUUAACAUAUCAGUGAAUAGAAGUUGUCAGGUGUGACUUGUGCUAAGGUUUGCUGACAGCUGACUGUGAACUUAACAACCAUGUUUUUAAUGUAUUACUGCACAUUACCCAGUACAGUUGAAAUUAUUAGCUGAAGGAAAAGUAAAAGCAUUUUCUAUUUUCUACGUAGCUAGUUUUUUAUUAGGGAGGUACGAACAAAAAGAAAAGUCAAAUCAGACCAAACUGACCCAAAGUUGGAAGUUGUAUGGGCCCGGAACUCUAGCUCUGUAGUGUCUUCCUGGUUCCAUCUUCUGGAAAUGAGGGAACUCGUGGUUCCAUACACACCCGUACCAUAUUUUACAUUGGGCAGUUCAGAAUGGGAUUUGUUCGUUUGCUCCUACUUUUUAGCAUGUAUAUAAAUCAAGGGUAGGGUCACUAUUCUACCGUUGGUUCUGUUUGGUCAUUCCCUGAUUAAACAAUUGCCCUCUGAAUUUUAUUUUUUAAAUUUCUUUUUAUGAUUUACUUGUAGAAGUUUUGGUUGUACAUCAGCCUCCUAAUGUUCUUUGGACGAGCUGCCAACCCUAUUUUCACAUCUGUUUAUGUAUGUGCAAUUAAACAGUGAAAUUUACAACAACUAAAGCAUGCUUAUUAGAAUUUAUGUCUCAGGUUAAGGAAGAACAAAAUUUUUGGAUCUGACAAAUAUCCUCGAUAAGUGACAGUCCCUGGUUGUACUCUAUCAAUUUCCAGUUCCCCAGAAGCAACAUUUUGUUUAAUUGAAAAAAAACUUCAGUAAUGUAAUGCUGUCAUCAAAUGUUCCCUGUAUCUGUAACUGAGGUUAGUUUUUAUCAAUUUUACACUGCAAAAAAUAGUGUUACAAAAUCUAAUUCCACAUUAAAUUUGAUAUCGGAACAAUUGACUUGAUCUUUCCUCACAGUAAACUAUCUAGCGCAAGAAUUAAACAAAGUGCUCACAAGUAGGAUCCCCUGCUAGGAACGGUGUUAGAUAGAUUUCAAUAUAUCUGGUGUUUUUGCAUGAUAAGAUGUAGGAGCAGAGUAAUAUGAUGUACCAGCUAUUUGUAAAACAGCACUUUUGCUUCAAAAAUUACACUUCUGGUUAUUUGGAAAUUGGUGGGUAAUAACACAGUGGCUGCGUUUAUCAGGGAAGGUUAAAAAGCUACAGCAGGACAGUUGAAUUUGCUGUUGAAGCUUGCCUUUACUUGUAUUGACUGAGAAGCGUCAUUUUAUUAUUAGAGACAUUCAGCUGUACUGUCCUACUAGUUUAAUGAGAUUAUGUGAAGUGUACAUGGAUUAGAUAUGUGAAUGAACAAUGGCAAUAUUCAAGAUUGUCAGAUUCAAAACUUUGUGUUCAUUUGUAAUCUGGGUGCCUGCAGAACAGGCAACUCAAGUGACUAUGUAAGUGGCUUUUCAACGUUGUAAAACUUUCUCAGCCAUGAGUUACCUUUUGCUGCAUUGUCUCCACGACGCCCAAAGAUGGAGAAAAUUUGUGUUAUUGAUUUUCCUGCAAAUGUUUCUUUCCCCAAAGUUUAAAGACUCUGAUUUAUGUCGCUGAAAGGGAUCAGAAUUGUUCCCCUUGAAGCUACUGUUGUUGACAAAAGCUUCAAAAAAUGAAUAAGUCUGAGCAGUACUUUUUUUAAAACAUGUCAUAGCUAUGGAUUAAUUCUAGACUGUAAUUAAUAAUACAGAUUCACGAUCAUUCCUGCUUCGUGUGAACUAGUUCGGUAAAAAACUUGAGUUUGGCAAUGUGACAGAAAACCUAGAACCAAGCUGGUCUAGUCCCAGUCUAUAAUGAUGCUGGUUUCCAAGCUAACAAUGCUUUAAUACUGUCCCUGGACACUGCUGCUAGGAAUGACAAAAAAGUUGCCUAUAUUAAUUUGCUUGGUUGCCAUGCCAGUGACACAGGAAAAAGUGUAAUUCAGUAAUAAAACUUGCUAAGUAUUAUUUUGAUUAUUACCAUAGUCAGUAUUCUAUACAGUCUGGUCUUUGGUUUAUGCAGUCUUGAUCUAAGGUUUCAACUAUUUCCAUCUAUCUAGGUAUAUAGUGUUAGAAGCAUUAUAAGCUUCUGACUUUCAAUGAAAGAUGAACUGGGACAAAAGCAUCAA